UGAGAUUCCAGGCAGCAGCGCCCCGCCUAGCGUCGUUCGCCGGCACUGAAGCGGCGAUAAGUGGCUGUCUUGGGGAGGGAAAAGCUGGGCAAGGGGGAUCCAUCUUGGCCGCAAAACAGAGAACAAAACGCAAAACAACAACAACAACAAACAAAAAAAAAACAAGGGAGGCGAAAGCAACGGCUUCUCUGCUGCAGUAUCUCCCCAUCCUCGCCUCGUCGACGGCGCUGUGGGGGAGCCCCGGGAAGGGCUUGCUUUGGGGCCGCUUGUAGGAUGUCCCGACAUGAGGGUGUGAGCUGCGACGCUUGUUUGAAGGGAAACUUCCGGGGCAGACGCUUCAAGUGUCUCAUCUGCUACGACUACGACCUGUGCGCGUCGUGCUACGAGAGCGGCGCAACCACCACGCGACAUACCACAGAGCACCCCAUGCAGUGUAUAUUAACCAGGGUAGACUACGAUUUGUAUUAUGGCAACGACACCUUCUCAUUGGAGCAGCACCAGGCGUUCACAUGUCCUUACUGUGGCAAGAUGGGAUUCACGGAGACGUCCUUGCAGGAGCACGUCACCGCUGAGCACCCCGAGACGUCAACUGAGGUGAUCUGUCCAAUAUGUGCCGCCUUGCCCGGGGGGGAUCCCAACCAUGUCACAGACGACUUCACAGCCCACCUCACUCUCGAGCACAGAGCACCUAGAGAUUUGGACGAGUCGAGCAGCGUCCGGCACGUGCGGCGGAUGUUCCACCCCGGGCGGGGACUGGGCGGCCCCCGAGCGCGACGCACCAACAUGCACUUUACUGGCGGCUCAGCGGGCGGCCUGUCUUCGUCCACGUCGUCAUCGCAGAGCUCCACCUACACGCCCAGCAACAGGGAGGCCAUGGACCCCAUCGCAGAGUUGUUGUCACAGCUGUCUGGGGUGCGGCGCGCAGCAGGCGGCCAAAUCAACUCAUCGGGGCCUUCAGCGUCGCAGCUGCAACAGCUCCAGAUGCAGUUGCAGCUAGAGCGGCAGCAGGCGCAGGCGGCGCGCCAGCAGGUGGAGACAGGCCGCCACGCCGCCCGACGCGGCAACAACCCGGCUAACGCCGCCGGCUCGGCCGCCGCCACCAUCCCGCCGCCCAGCGCGGCCGCCACAAGCACGGGCACACCGGCCGAAAGCAACCCCUCAACCUCAUCCCACAAUUCCCAGUUUCUAUUAGCACGGCUGAACGAGUCCAAGUUGUCAGAGGCGGAGCGUCAGCUGGCGGAGGGCGAGCGCGCCGACCGCAGCCUGUUCGUGCAGGAGCUGCUGCUGUCCACGCUCAUGCGUGACGAGAGCUCGUCCUCCGAUGAGGACGAGCGGCGGGACUUCGUCGACUUCGGCGCCAUGGGCUGCGUGGACGUGAUGCCCCUUGACGUGGCAUUGGAGCACCUGCAGCUCCGUGAGAGAGCCUCCGCCACCAAGGAGCCGCCGCCGCCUCUUUGAUGUCCAGGCAGUGCGCAGACUCUGUCCCACCUGCUGCAACUGUCAGUGAUGGACAUCCCUCCCGCCCCCAAAAAGCCCCGCCUACCAUGCAUUUUUUUUUUUUUUUUUUGUUUUUGUUUUUUUUUGUUUUUGGGUGAUUGUAUUGUCAGGCCAUUUUUUGUUUUUACAUGUCAGCAAAACUCUAAGGAGCAGCGUAGAUGACAUGAGGCACAAUAAUUUAAUUGUGGUCGAUGUAUAACUAUAGCAUGCUCACAAAAUGCUUUUUUGUGGUCACAAAAUACUAAAUUGUGGCCCCAAAAUAGGCAUAACGUGCCACAAAAUGUGUAUUUGUGCUUACGAAAUACCAAUUCUUGGCCACAAAAUAUGUGUGCACAAAAUACAAAUUUGCGGCUACAAAAUAGGUAUAACAUGCACACAAAAUACUAAUUUGUGGCCAUGAAAUGGGUAUAACAUGCUCACGAAAUAAGUACAGUCCCCUAAAAGUAUACGGCAAGGUCAAUUCAUUUGUUUUUGUUGUAUACUGAAGACAUUUGGGUUUCAGAUCAAAAGAUCAAUAUGAGACAGAAGUUAAGAAUGCCAGCUUUUAUUUCAUAGUAUUUACAUCUUGAUGUGUUAAACAACGCAGGACAGAGCACCUUUUGUUUGAAGCCACCCACUUUUCAAGUGAGCAAAAGUAUUGGAACAUCCCUCCACCCAUCCAUUUUCCAUACCGAUUCUCCCCACUAGGGUCGCGGGUGUGCCGGAGCCUAUCCUAGCUAUCUUCGGGCGAGAGGCGGGGUACACCCUAAACUGGUCGCCUGCCAAUCGCAGGGCACAUAUAAACAAACCACCAUUUGUACUCACAUUCACAGCUACGGGCAAUUUAGUCCCGAUCUUCAAUCAACCUGCCAUGCAUGUUUUUGGACUGACAUUAAAUUGAAGUGUAUAACAUUUACUAUUUGGUGGCAUAACCCUGACUUCCAAUAACUGCAUCAAGCCUGUGACCCAUUGACUUCACCAGACUGCUGCAUUCUGCAUUUGAAAUGCUUUUCCAGGCCCUUACUGCAGCCUCUUUCAGUUCUUGUUUGUUUCUGGGGGUUUCUUCUCUUCAGUCGUUAAAAUGCAUGCUCUCUUGGCUUAAGGUACCCAAAUGUCCCAAACCCAAAUGUCAGUGUAUAACAAAAACAAAGGAAUUGACCUUGCCGUUCCAAUAUUUUGGGAGGGGACUGUAUAACGUGUGCACAAAAUACAAAUUUGUGGCGCCCUUGUUUGUUUCUGAGGGUUUCUCCUUUUCAGGCAGUAAAAUGCAUGCUCUAUUGGGUUAAGGUACCAAAAUGUCCCAAACCCAAAUGCCAGUAUAUAACAAAAACAAAGGAAUUGACCUUGCUGUUCCAAUAUUUUGGAAGGGGACUGUAUAGCGUGUGCACCAAAUACAAAUUUGUGGCCCGAAAGAGUUAUAAUGUGCACACAAAAUAAUUCGUAGCCACGAAAUAGUUAUAAACAGGCAUACUAAAUAUUGGGUUUACAGUAGGAGUUAGCAAUCUUUUUUAAACUGAGAGCUACUUCUUUGGUACCGUAGUGAUUAAUGCGAAGGGUUACCAAUUCAAAACAUAGUUCUGUGUUGUUCAAAUUACCUUUAAUUAAUGAUAUUCAUCGAUGAAAAGACCGAUUAUGUUAAUGAUUUCUCACAAUUAUCAGCAAUACUUUCACAUGAAAGGAAACAAAUAUCAGUAUGCAACACUUUAGCUCUAUAAAUCUCUGCAAGUAUUAACAUUUUCAGACAAUCACUUCCACAACAUUCCUAAGAAUAGCAAAUACAUCUACUUUACCCGUUAUAGACAAGGUGUGCUAAAUUUUCUAACCCAGCUGUCAAAUAGUGCCACAGCAACUUUGUAGCCAUAUAUUAACAUUUUGUUUGCAUGUUAAAUCUAUAAGGUGGCCACAUUUUCAACCCCACCCCUCAACACACACACACAGUCGCCCAAUGUCAUGUCUGGGGUUCUGUAAAAUUAAACCAGAUUUAGUGGGGUGGAAUAUGGCGAUGGAGUGAGCCAGCGAGCGCACAGAAAUCUAUCUAAAUAUAUGAAGAUGAUAAUCAUACAGUUCCCCCACCCUCCCCAUCUGUGAAAAUGCUUGACGCCCACCAACCGUUGCCUCCUGUGGGACGCAGCUCCAAACCCUCACUGCCCUCACCCUUAGACAGCGCCCUCCCCUCCACCACCCCUGCACCUAUAAAUAGGCACCCCCCACCCCCUAUUGACAAGACCAGAGGAUGUGGGGCCCCUCUGCCCAAGCUGCUGUGUGUGUUUCAGACUAUUAUCAAUAAAAACAAGUGUUCAGACGGGUUACCGUAAUAACUACUGCAUGCGGUUCUUUGCAGCGUGCAUGACUUUUAAUCAUUAAAAAGAAAAGACGACAAAUAAAUCCAAACGCUGACAUGGUAACUAGCUAGUGCUGGUUAACUUUCCGCAGAUGCCUCUAAAAUACGAAGAACGCGCUUCUCUCUCGGUUUUUUGUUCAUGAAGAAAAGCCGCGUCUGAAUACGCACAUUGGAAGAAAAAAUCACGAACAUUGUUUAUUGAGUAGAUGCCGUGUACAAAAAUCUAUACACGAGUGAUUGUGUCUGUCGUUUUUUUUUUAUUUUUUCUGUCUUUUGUUUUUUCAGAGAGGGGACAUUAUUUUUCUGCUAAGGCUAGCACUUUGUAUUUAUUCAUGUCUGUUUCGGAGCCUUGAGGAAUCUCGCCGCCUUUGCGCCUUCUACGUUGACCCUCCUAUGUACAAUACAACAAGAUGUAUAUUGAAUUUGUGGCUUUAAUAAUGGUUCAAAGACAUGAGGAGACUUUUCUUUUUAUUACAAAAUGUACAUUUAGAGUACAAUAAAUCCAAACUGCACAUCUUUUGAUGAAGCCAA